AUGUCAUCUCAAGAUGUUUACUAAAGAAAAGAGAAAUUGAUAAAAAAGACGACUAUGAUUAUAUAAAAAAAAUCUAGAUUUGAUAAAAAAUGCGAGGUGUUUUAGAAACCGUUGAAUAUCUAUAAAACUUUUAUAAAAACAUUAUUAGGAUUUGAGUUGGAAGAAGAGGAGGAUAUCAAUUACAAUUAUAAUUUAAUGAAUUUCAAGAAAAAUCUAAGCGAAGAUUUUGAAGUAUUUCCUGACUGCAUAAUUAGGUUCAUUACUUAUCCUUAUUUAUAUAGUUUAAUAAAUCCAGACUAUAAAUAUAAGAAUGAUAGUCAAAAUUAAUAUUUGGUUGGGACAAGCAUAGAAUUAUUUGAAUUUCUUCAAUCAGGAUUGAGAAUUAAUUAAAAAUCACUAGAUGAUCUAUUGUUAUUAAAAGCAAUUGAGUCAAUAUAUUUGAAUUUGCCUGAAUAUGAUCCAUAUUAUAACCCGACCGUUCUUCUAACAGAAGAGAAUUAAGAACAAAGAAACAUUCGAGAUAAAGAUUAAUAAUAACAAAUUUUACUAGCAGACAAAUCUGACAUUAGGGAGAAUCAAAUUGAUAAAAAUGGUAUUUGAAUAUAAUUAUAUAGAAAUAAUUAAAAAUUACGUUUCUUAACUAGAAAAGUAAUUUCAUAAUUUGCUCUAAAAGGAUAUACAUGCAAAUAUUAUGGAUUGUUUAACCUUAAAUUAUAAAGAAUUAAAAUAGACAUCUUUAAGAAAAUGGAAAGGAGGUUAAUAUUUGGAAAAUUAAAGUGAUUUUUGGUUAAGAACAAAUUGUCUAACUUAAGAUGUUUCUACAUUAAUUAGAAAUGCCUUGAUCAUUAAAUUAAAUAAAGUAGGAUUUAAUAUUUAAUCAUUUAUAUCUAGUGAGGGUGACAAGAUUUUUGUUAUGUUAAAUAUGUAGGAUUCUAAUCUUAAAAUAGUGGCUGAUUAAAGUCAUGUAUUGAAACCAUUAAAUUUUUGGUUUAUUGAUCUAUUUUCUUUAGAACCUGUAGAUAAAUCAUUUAGACCACUAAGAAUAAAUAACAGAUUAUGGAAACCUUAGAAUUAUGAAGUUUCAGACUUAUUUUUAUAUUUAAGACCUUAAAUGAUAAAAUUAAUUUAAUUAAUUAAUUUUAAGAGAAUAGCCAGAGAAACUAAUUAAAGCUCAAUAAAUUCAUAAUUAUUCGAAUAUGGUAAAUUAGAUUUUAGUGAAAAAGAUGAUGGACCUACUGAUGAAGAAUGGAUAGCUUAUCAUAAAUAUUUAACACAUUUAGAAAAAUGUGUUAAGUAAUUUAGAUUAAAUUAAUUAAUUGAUAAUGAGUUAGCUUCUUUACUAAAUAAAUAAAUUACUCCUCUUUAGAUUUAUUAGAAAAGACAUUCUGAUAAUAAAGAUAUUUAAAACCUUAAUUAUUAAAAUUUGAAUGAGCAUAAAAAUUAUAAGCAUUUAGAAAUCAUAUAGUAAAUUGAAUAAUAGGCAGAAAGAAUUAUGGAUGAAUUUUCUAAUUUUUAAUUCUCAUUAUAAAUUCCUAAAGUGAAAGCAUUAAAAUUAUUAAAGAAAGAAUCAGUUUCUUUAAAUUACCUUUAUUCAUUUUAAGAGGCUUUGUAGGUUGCAAACGGUGAAUAAACUAAAUUAUUUAAUUUAUGGUAAAGAUCAGAAAUACCACCAUUUGAUAUGUAUCAUCCCUAUUAAAUGCCUAAUAAAGAAAAUACGAAAACUCAUUAAGCAAAAUAAGAAUUAUGCUGGAGAAAAUAUGUAAAAAAUGAAAAUAAUCAGAUUUCAUUAUUUUCAUCUUAAGAAAGAUUGAAAUUAGUUUAUUAAAAAGUCUCUCAAGAAUUAGAUCUCAGUAUUUUACAUUAAUUAAAUAUUAUUGGAUAAAUAUUCUGUUUAAAUGAUCAUUAUGAAUUAUUUGGAUAAUGCAGUAAUAUUUAAGCUUAAAUAACUUUGGAUACAAGAUUUUUUAAAAAGAAACCCUUUUAAUUGAUAGAUGAUUGGAAAUUGGAUUAUUUAAAACCUUGGAUUAGUCCUUGUGAUUUAAUUUGUGGAUAUUAUGGAGAAAAAAUAGGUCUUUAUUUUUAUUUUAUGAGCUAUUUCACUGAAAUGACUACUCCUAUAGCUAUUGCAGGAUUUGCUUGCAGCAUAAUUUAGUGGAUAAUAUGGGAUAAUGAAAGUGACAUAUAUAAUUUGAUUACAAUCUUAUUUGCAUUUUUAUAAAUUUAAUGGAGUAAUACUUUCACAGAUUUAUGGCAACAAAAACAGAUAUAUUUUAAUUUAAGAUAUGGUUAAACUAAUCAAAAUUAAUAACAAGUCUAAAGAUCAAAAUUUAAAGGAAAACAUAUAAGAUCAUUAGUUAAUGAUUAAUUAAAUUCUAUAGAAGUCUUAUUUAGUGAAUAUGUGAGAAGAACAUUAAUUAGUUCAAUGUUACUAUUUGUUUUUAUCUUGUUUUAUAUUGGUAUCAUAGUAUCUUUAUUUGUAUUUUCAGCUGAAUUGCAUAUAAAAUACUCAUAAGAACUUUAAUCAUUUGAUAUUGCUACUAUAGAAGUUACAUCAGCUGCAGCAAUGAAUUUUAUUGCAUAAUCUAUUGCUGAUAUUGUUUUCGAUAAAAUUGCUGGAUAAUUAACUGAAUAUGAGAAUUAUAAAACUGUUGAAGCUUAUGAAACAAGCUUUGUUUUAAAAAAAUUCAUUUUUUAAUUUUUCUCAUACAUAGCUCCGCUCUUAUUUUUAGAAUAUUUGAACAAACCUCUCAAUUUAUAUUGUUCACUCACAAAUUGUGAAAAGCAUGUUAAAUAUUAUUUCUCAACUAUUGUAAUCUUAAUUUUAUUUUUGCAAUUUUUAAAAUUUGGUGUAUUUGUUUAUCAAUUAAAAAAAUUUAAAAUCAAAAAUUAUGAUUAUAAUUAAAAUGAUAUAAUGGAAUUUGUUGAAGAACAAUCAUCAAGAUAACCUUAUUCUUAAGAUUUUGAACGAUAUGGGACAAUGUAGGAUUAUAUGGAGUUAUUUGUUCUUAUAUCUUUUUUAAGUAUCUUUGGAUACACAUUUCCAUUUAGCUUUUUUAUUUUAUGGAUUUCAAAUAUAAUGCAAAUUUAAGUUAAAAAGAACACUUUCUUAAAUUGUUUAUAACGACCAUGGCCAAAAAACGAAAGCACUUUAGGAAUUUGGAAUCGUUUUUUAGAAAUUAUAAGUUUGCUUUGCUUAUUAAAUAAUACUGGUGUUAUAACUAUUUAAUAUAACAAAGAUUAUGGUUAUGAGCUUAUACUGGUAUUUUUAUCUAUUUUGAUCUUUAAUUGCUUUUGUAAAUUUUUUAUUGGAAUUAUUUUUGGAUAAAUUCCAGAUGCAUUGAGUGACAUAAUGAAAAGGCAUAAAUAUUUAAUUAAAGCAACAAUUCAAAAUAAAAUUAAAUAAGGAAAAUCUCAGGAUAAUAAAGAAGCUUUACAAAGAUUUCCUAUUUUAAAAGUCUAUGGUACACGAAACUCUACAGAAACUGGAAAAUUUGAAACAGUUAGUUCUGAUGAUGAAUUACAUGAUCAUUAUGAAAUUCCAGAAAUAAAUCCUUAAUUGAAUGUUCUUAAAAUAGAACCAUAUUCAAAAAAUUUAGAUAAAUAAUAUUUGGGCGAAUUCUAAUUUUCUAAAAUUUUAGAGUACUUUAAAAGUAGAUAAUAGAAUUGGGCUUUCAAAUUAGUAUUCAAAUAAUAAACAGAAAAAUAAAAACUUAGAUUACUAUUAAAAAUUUACUCAUUAUUAUAUAAAGCACAAAUUUUGACAAAAUAUAGAUAACUUUGGACAGAUAGGAGAGUGUCUCAAAGAUUUAUCCAUAUGAGAAGGAAAAUAAUUUAAUUAAAAAAUUUAGAUUAUAGAAGAUUUUUAAUAAUAUCUUCAAAACUUAGUUAAAUGAGAACUUAUUAUGAUGAAAAAGCUCAAUAAAAAUUUAGAAAAGAUUUUCAAUUAAUUGGAUAAUAGAAAGAGGAAAAUGGAGAUGAAAAUGUAGAAUAUACAAAUCUUGUUAAGAAAUAUUAGAGAUAUGUUGAGAAACAUUCAUGGUUAAAUACAAGAAAAGUUAUUAUGCUAAAAUUAAAAGCAUUGACUUUUAAAGGUUUUAGAAAACAUGUUUUUAAGAAGCCAUCAAUGUAAUUAAUUUAAGAAUAUUAUAAAAUUAAUCAAAUAAUUGAGGGUCUAGAACCUGAAAAUCCAUUAUAAUUAGAAUUAGAUUCAUAAAUAGAUUAUUCUAAUUUAGAAAAAAUAAGAUUUACAGAUUUUAUUGAAAUUUUCAAUAAUAUAGAAUUAAAGUAAAUAUAAUAUUUUAUUUUUAAGAAAAAAAACAUAAUGGUAUUUGCCUCUUAGUUCUAAAAGAAAUAUUUCAUCAAAUUAUUUCAUUGAAGAGAUGAAAUCAAAUGAAUACAAAAAUAUAGUUGAUUAAUGUAAAGAUUCUUCCAUUUUUUAAAAACCAACAACUAUUUUAUAAGAUAUGAUCCUCUCUUAUUUCUAAAUUGAACAAUUCCCUAUUCCUAAAAUAAAGUUUAUUAAGCAUUUGCAUGAUAAUGUUUGGAUAGUUUAAGUAGGUUCAUCUGAAACAGUGUCUUUAUUGUAGUUUUUUUAAAUAAAGCAUGGAGAAUAGAUUCAACUUUAAAAGUAUACAGAUAAUGAAGAAGGGAUAUUAUAUUCAGAAAGUAAGACUUAUUAUAGAAUGGUUAAUCUUGUUGAUCAAAUAGAUGACUUUUAUAUAAAGGGUUAUUGUAUAUGUAUUUAUAAUGCUUUUGAACCCAAAAGCUUUUUGUAAGUUUUAAAAUAUAGGAAAACAUAUGCAAUUCCAUAUACAGAAUCUGAAAUAAAAUAAUUUAUCAAUGCAUCUUUAAACCUUUUAAAGACUGCAGAUUUUAAGAAUUUAUCAAGUAGAAAUCUUUUUUUAAUCAAAAGGGAGUAUCAUAUUUUAAAUUCUAUUACCAAAUCUCAUUCGUAUUUUGAAUUGGGUAAAAUUUUAUUAGAAAUGAUAUAUUUAGAAGAAAUAGAGGAUAUAAAACCUUAUUUUGAUAAAUUAUAACAUCCUUUUAAAUGGAUAAUUAAUCAAUUAUUAUUUUAAGAUGAUAAUCCUUAGAAGAUUUUAGACUUUUUAUAAAAAUAGUUUUGUUUCACUGAAAUGAAAUUUGAAGUUGAUAAUCAUUAGAAGCAAAAACCUUUUUAAGGAUUAUCAUACUAAACCUAUACUUGGUCAAUACUACAUAAAAUAAACUUAAAUUUUAGAAUGAAAUAAUUUAAUGAUGCUUUAUCUUAAACUUAAGAAUUCGAAGAUUAUAUUCAAAAGGAAGUUUUUUAGAUUAAUGAAAGCACUUUUUCUUACUUUUGUAUCUAACUAUAAGAAGACCUAAAUUCUUAUUUAUUAUCUUCACAUUCUCUAAAAAGAAAUCUUGAUAUGAUUUUAAUUUACUAUUAUCAGAUAGCUGCAAAAUUUCAAUUGAAAUUUGACAUAACAGGAUAGUUAAAUCUUUUCAUUGAUAUUUUAAAAAAACUAACUAUAGAAAUAAGACUUAUAAUAAAACAGUUGACAUCAAAUAUAAAUGUUGCAAAUCUAAAUGAAACAGAGCAAUGCAUAAUUCUCAAAACAUUAUAGAGUGCUACUUAGUAAUUUUCAUAAUUAUUAUCAAAAGAGAGAUAAAUAUUACUUUAGUAAUUAAGAAAGAAUUAUAAUCUUAUUGAAAAUAUAUUAGUUUUUGAAUAGCAGGUCAAUCGAUUUUUAAAUUAAUUUUAUACUCUAUAUGUGCUAUAGUAAUAUUAUAGUGAACAUUAUGAGUUUGCUAAAUUGGCAAUAUCUACAAUCAUUGAAACCUAAUAAAAAAUUAUGCAUAGAGAAAAACUUUCUGAAAUUUUUAGUGAAGCCUAAGAAUUAAGUCCAAGUUAAUUCAAUUUUAACUAAUUAAGUCCUGGUAUUGAGAGGGAAGAAUAAGAAAUAAGUAAUGAAAAAGUACACAUUUUUAAUAUUAACUAAGAAAUACAAACUAAUCCUUUAUAUGCAAUCUAGUAUAUAUACUAUCUCUACUUAUAAGUAAUUAUAUUACAUGAUUGUAAGAAUGAAUUAUUUCACCUGAAGUCAUAAGAAUUUAUUAAUUAUAACUUUUAAGAUAUUCCAGCAUAUACUUAUUUUCAAAUUUUAAUAUCAUCUCUUUAGGUUGAUUUUUAAAUCACUUAAUAAGUUUCUUAAUUUUUUUAACGUGAGAAUUAAUGUGAAUUAGGAAAAUAUAAUAUUCUGUAGAUUAAAGCAAAUAUUGAAAAAAAACAAUAUUAAGAGUCAGAAUUAGAAGAAUCAACAAAUUUGGAGUAUAAUUGGAAAUAAAUAUUUUCAUAUCAUAAUUUAAAAUGUAAUGCUAAAAACAAAAGUGCUUUAAUUUACAUAUUAAAUUCAACAUCAACUAAUGAAUAAACGAAAAUGCUUUUGAAUAUUAAAAUUAUACAUUUUCUUUUAAAAUUGUAUGACUAUUGCCCAAUCAAUUUGAAGUAAAAAGUUAAUAUUUUAAAUAAAGAUUAAUUAGGACAAAUAAAUUUAGAGGGAACUUCGAAAAUAAUAUAAUUAUAAUAAUUGCAUAAAAACUUGAAUUUAGGAGUUAAGAUAGAUUAUUUUACUAAUCAAAAUAAUGAAAAUUCUUCAUGGUUAUUUCAUUAAGGGCUUGUGUAAUUAAGAAUUUUUAUAUAUUUAUCUUAUUGUUAUAGUUUCUCAAAGAAACAUUUUGAAAACAUUUCCACUUAUAUUAAUUAUUAGGAUGAAAUAUUCUUAUAAAUAUCAAAAUUAAUGAAUUAAGGAGAUUUAACAUUCUCUAAAGCUAAAAAUUAUUAAAUUUUUCAACUACCAAUUGAGAGCAUAUUAAUAAAUCUUUAAUCUGAUUAUUUUAUGUAUCAUUAAUAUAUUUUGACACAUUCAAGAAUAAUGCUUCUAUAAAAACAAAAAUUAGGUGAUAUAUAUAAUAGUUUCGAGCAAUAUAUAAAUGAGACAUUUAAAAAUUCAGUAUUCGUUUUGGGUUUAAUAUAAAUAUAUUAUGAAUUUGAUGAGCUUGAUAUGGCAAACUUAAUAAUUAAUUUGACUAAGAAAUUAUUAGAUGAAAAUGCAAAAAUUUUUCAUGGAUAACAUAAAGGAUUUAAAAAGGAUAUACAGCUAAUAGAAGCUAUUAUAAAAUAAAAAAGUUCAUUAAUGAUUAAAAGCCCUUAUGAUAGACUCUAUCAUAGAAAUAAUAUUGUAGAAUAUUUUGAAGAGGAAAAUUUAAAUGCAAGAUAUUUUGUUUUCAAUCUGCCUUAUUAUUUUAAUAUUAAAUUUUCCUAAUCUAUUAUAGAGGAUUUUAUGGCUGCUAGUUUUAUUAAAUUAUCAAUUCCUUUAUAGUAAAUUUUGAAAACUGCUUAUUGUUCAAUAAAAGCAGAAUGUGGGGAUGAAGAAAUCUUAUCCUUGUUAAAGAUGUAUGAAUAAAUAUAAUUUUAGAGUAGCAGAAUAUAAAUUUUUAAAUGGAAGUCUAUCUUGGGCUUUUCAUUGUCAUUUUAUUUGUCGAUAUUAUAUAGCAAUGAUUGAUAUGGAAAAGGCUUAUGAUUUUUCAAUUUAAUUAUUAUCUUAUUUGAAUUAGCUUGAUCUUGAAUAAGGUUUCUACAUUAAAGAAAAUAGUAAUGGAUAUAAAAACAGUUUUGUAUUAUAUAUUAUUAACUUUUUAGAUUUGUUUUUAGUCAUAAAAGAAUAUUAUCAAAUAAAUUUGUUAACCUAUUCCCCUUAAAAUUACAGAAUCAAUUGAAGAUGCUUUAUUUGAUAAUGUUAUAGAUGAUUUUUUUAUUACAGAAUGUAUAUUAAAUCAUUUAGAGAUUUUAUCCAAAAGCCAAUUUAAAAUCCCAAAAUUAAGUAUAUUACUUUAAUUUCAGUUAAAAUUAUAAACUUAAAGACAUAAAAAUUAAUUUUGGAAUAUAUUGGCUCAUAUUUUAACUAGGAUAGGUAAAGAAAACUUAAUUUAUAAUACAUUAAUAUAAAUCUAAGAUGUCAAAAAAGAUCAUCUUUAACAAUUAAAGAACAUUAUAAGAUCGAGUAAUAAGAAACGAAAUGCAAAAAUUUUAUUGAGAGAAAUUACUUAAGAAGAAUUAGAGGAAUUUGAACUGGAAAAUAAUUUAAUUACUUUUUAAAUGAAUGUUUAUAAAUUAGAUGAAAAUUCAAAGGAAAAGAUAUUUAGACUUUUAUCAUGUUAAGCUAUUGAAAGAGCUUUAACUGGAUAUUCAAAGGAAUGUAAAGAUAAAACAUAAAUCAAUAAACAUUAAAUAAGUUAAUUAAAAUUACUGUUAGCAUAAAACUAUAUGUUUUUAAAUCAAAUUGGAGAUGCUACAAUAACUUUGAGUGAUGCUGAAGAUUUAAUUGUUGAAUAGUUUGGUAAAGUAAAACACCCAAUGAAGGGACUUUAUUUUUAUUAUUUGGGAUUAAUGAAGAUUUUUUUUUAUGAGUAGAUAUUAAAGAUUAUUGAAUUUUUUAAUGAAUAGGAUUCAUUUAAUAUAUUAGAAAUGAAAUUAAUUAUUUAAGGAUUAGCAAUGAUGAAACCUUAAUUAUGGAAAUAAAUUGAUAUGUUUAAUUAAGGUUAAAUAUAAUAUGUUAUUCCUUUUUUUUUAAAUUACUUAAUUACUGUGGGAGAUUAAUCAACUUUUGAUUGUCCAAAAAGUAAAUAUUCAAAAGAUGAUGCAAAAACAAUUUUAGAUGAAGUUUUAUAGAAUAAUAUGGCAUUUGAUUUAUCAGGAAUAACUGAAUUGAUUGAUGUAAUUACAUUAAUUUAAUUUUAGGCUGAAAAUUUUUUAAAAUUUUUUGAAGCAGAUAAUUUUUUAACUAAAGAAAUUUCAAGUUUAAUUUUCAAAAUUUAGAAUGAAAAAUUGAAAGGUCAGACUUAAUAAAUAUGA